UGAUCUUUGCCCCCCCUUCCUCGUUCGUCGUAAGAAAUCACCGCCUUUAGAGAUUUAUACUAUAUGCUAACAGUGCUAAAUUUAAUGGGUAUUUAUUUUGUCACACUAUACUAUACAAAACAAAAUGCCCGCUGAGUUGUUGCACAAUUCCGUUCAAUUUUCAGGCUCGGGAAGUCAGUCAAAAGAAGAAAGGACUUGACGCAGAUGCCGGUAUCUUCGGUGGAAAGCUCACACUGGAACGAUUACAAAAGUUCGCGUGGAAGGACCUCAUUAAAGAGGCAAAUUCCAAGAUGCCUCUACUAGUGGCAAUGAUACAGGCCUCCUUACCAGCCAAAUUGAAAAGGGCCGGACACAACAUCAUAGAGAAGCGUCUGGGCACUAUUCUGUCGAUCAUCUUUUUCACACGAGCGCCACGGAAAUACAACUUCGUCCAGGCUACCUUGAGUGUUGAAUUGUGGAGGCAAGGCUGUACCCAUAAAUUGUUCCAAACGCUCAACCGUCUAGGGAUAACACAGGGCCUCCAGACUGCUCGUGCACACGUCGAUAACAUCGCCGCUGACCAUGACAACUGUCUGGUCCAGUGGAAAACAUCAGUUGAGUCUAGCGAUAAUCGCAACCACAAAAAAGCAGUACGGAGAGUGUCGCAAACAGGAGAUGAAGGUUACGGCGUAUGUUGGGACAAUGUCCAAAUUAAUCCCCACUGUAAACAUCAAGGCAAAGACAAGAAAGCCGAAUUUCUGCUCUGGGCUCUGUCAUUUGCUUGCAACAACCGAGUGCCGACACUCCAUCUGAUGGACACAACUACCAUCCCUGCUUGUCAGCUGAUCCCAUGCAUCAUUCCACAACAUCACGACUACGCAGAGUUGAAGAACCUGAUGGUCUAUCUCACAAUGAAAAUUCUCAUGCAGCAUCUCCCCGUCAUGGACCCAAUGAAGAGACACGUCCCCCGACGCAAACACCAGUACUCCACUGAAAUGUGCAACAAGAGUGAAGUGGUCAAUCUUGGAGUUCUGGAAGCCAAUCCGGCAUCAACUGCUGGCGUGAUCCAGAUAAUGCAACAUCUACAUGCGUACGUGCCGGAACCCAAUGGUCAGGUCCUCCCCAUCCUAUGUAGCGGAGACGGACUCAGCGUGGAGAGAAUGGUACAUGCAAAGAGGGCAAGAGUGAACGGGGAAAGUAAAAUGCAUCGACUACAAGGUCUCGUAGAAACACCACAGGAGUUCCACAAGGAAAUACUGUUGCUACAGGACACAGUGAACAUGCUGUACAGUGGCAGCAGUAUUGCUUCCAGAGGGAGCCUCGCACACAUGAAGGUGUUUUACAAUCACCGAUCGAUGAGCACUGAUGUGAAACAGAACGUGCAACAUGCAUGGGAUUUAAUAGAGUUUACAACAGAAGCAUAUGUUACCAUGUUCGCCAAGACAAUCCUCAACCUUGAUACCAUAUCUGACGUGCCUGCAAAUUUCCCGUCUACGGGGAGAAUGGAAGAAAAGGUUGAGUAUCUAAGGAGGUUGGCAGAACAAAUAGUGGACUUCUGCUGGUUGGCACCUAAAAAGGAAGACAUCCGAAAGGUCAAUGCCAGCGCAAAGUCAUCGGCAAUUUUCCCAGAAGAGUCUUAUGGAUUUUGUUGUUGUGAUGAAGAAAAAGAGGAACCCAUGAUUCAAUGCUGCAGCUACCAAUGUCCCUUCAGUUGGUACCACCUCGCAUGUGUUGGUCUUGACGAAGCACCCACCGACGAUUGGUUUUGCUGUGACGAUUGUGAAGUCGAUGGCACAUACAUAUAUUGUAGGUGCCACAAGAGAAAGGGCGGCGAAAUGAUUCAAUGCGCUUUGAAGGACGCCUGUCGCAAUCAGGAGUGGUAUCACAAAUCGUGUUUAUCUGACAACACAUUUCCGGAGGUAUGGUACUGUUGCGACGAGUGUGCACUGGAGACAGAACAUGAUGACUAUGUAUUAAAUUAUACGAAGGCCCUGAUGUGGCGUGGGUUGAACCAUUUGGCAAGGAGGUUUGCUGUAAGACACGGGGAAGGAGAAACAAUGAAGUCUCACUGGAAGAUGGAUCUACUAGAAUUCUGGUCUUCUCGGCAUCAUAAGUACUUGAACAUCGCACAACAGUUUUUGACAGGUGUCAGUGGCUUUUUGUCAGAGCGGCUUCGUCAUGACAUGACAUGGAAUCGGGUAGCCAACGUACACGGCAAGGAAGGGGCAAAUAUCGGCAUGGAUCUUCUGAACGAAUUUCUUAAUAACGAGUUCAAAGACAUGCUGCUACGAUCUCGAGGACGAUAUACCCCCAAGCAGGUCCAACGCUGUGCCCAAAUGAGUGGCGCUUUCGGAAAGCAAAUCGACAGGCUGAUUACGGACGGGGGGCUUGGUGAUUUAGUUCAGGGCAACGGUUCAAAGACACGCCACGCCAAUAAGAAAGAUGUCCUGGAUUUUGUCAAAGAAUUCCAAAAAGACCUCCUGUUCGUCUACCACCCAGGCCGUUAUCAUCGCGGAUUUGAAGAAUAUGCCUACAGCACGGGUAUAAAAUCACCGGAUCUGCUCGGGAGAAAGCUUCGCAAAACCGCAGAAGUUAUGGACAUGUGGAAAAAUAUAACCGACUAAAGAUUACUCCUCGCACCCAUUGCAACAUUGUUGGCAGCUCCCCCUGACAAGUUUCUGCAUGCCAGAGACGUAUAGAUGUUGCAGGAUAACUGC